UACGGCCCGCCCCUUUCUACUGUGCCAGGUAAUGGCUGCUAGUGAGGUCCAGGGGCUUCCUGUGGACCCCCGGGAGGCUGGGGUCCGCGGGGUCCGCGGCGGAAUCGGACACACAGAUCAUGAAGGACAUCUGGGUUCUUUCCAGCUUCUGGCUACUAUAAAUAAGGCUGCUAUGAACAUAGUGGAGCAUGUGUCCUUCUUACCAGUUGGAACAUCUUCUGGAUAUAUUGCAGCAUCCUCCGGUAUUACUAUGUCCAAUUUUCUGAGGAACCGCCAGACUGAUUUCCAGAGUGGUUGUACAAGCUUGCAAUCCCACCAACAAUGGAGGAGUGUUCCUCUUUCUCCACAUCCUCACCAGCAUCUGCUGUCACCUGAGUUUUUGAUCUUAGCCAUUCUGACGGGUGUGAGGUGGAAUCUCAGGAUUGCUUUGAUUUGCAUUUCCCUGAUGAUUAAGGAUGCUGAACAUUUUUUCAGGUGCUUCUCAGCCAUUUGGUAUUCCUCAGACAGUAAAGACUGUAUCCUGGAGCCGCUUUCCCUGCCAGAGAGUCCAGGUGGCACCACCGCUUUAGAAGGGUCUCCAUCUGUGCCUUGUAUUUUCUGUGAAGAACAUUUUCCCAUGGCUGAACAAGACAAACUUUUGAAGCACAUGAUUAUCGAGCAUAAGAUUGUCAUAGCUGAUGUGAAGCUCGUUGCAGAUUUCCGAAGGUACAUUUUAUACUGGAGGAAAAGGUUCACUGAACAGCCCAUCACUGAUUUUUGCAGCGUGAUAAGAAUCAAUUCCACAGCUCCAUUUGAGGAACAAGACAACUAUUAUUUGUUAUGUGAUGCAUUACCAGAAGAUAGAAUCCUCAGAGAAGAGCUUCAAAAACACAAACUGAAAGAAGUUCUGGAUCAGCAACAGCGAGAGCGAAAUGAUACAAGCUUUCAUGGUGUGUGCAUGUUUUGCAGUGAGGAAUUUCGCGGAAACAGAUCUGUACUGUUGAACCACAUGGCCAGAGAACAUGCUUUCAACAUUGGUUUGCCAGACAACAUUGUAAAUUGCGCUGAAUUCCUAUGCACAUUGCAAAAGAAACUGGACAAUUUACAGUGUUUGUACUGUGAGAAGACCUUCAGAGACAAAAACACCCUUAAAGAUCACAUGAGAAAAAAGCAGCAUCGUAGGAUCAAUCCAAAAAACAGAGAAUAUGACCGAUUCUAUGUCAUCAAUUACUUGGAACUCGGGAAGUCAUGGGAAGAGGUGCAGUCAGAAGACGACCGCGAGCUGCUGGACCUUCAGGAAGACGACUGGUCUGAUUGGCAGGAGUACCCAGUCUCUGCUGUGUGUCUCUUUUGUGAAAAGCAAGAGGAGACAAUAGAUAAACUCUAUGUGCACAUGAAGGACACACAUGAGUUUGAUCUCCUCAGAAUAAAGUCAGAGCUUGGAUUAAAUUUCUAUCAGCAAGUGAAGCUGGUCAAUUUCAUUAGAAGGCAAGUUCACCAAUGCAAGUGCUACAGUUGCCAUGUAAAGUUCAAAUCCAAAGCAGAUUUAAGGACUCACAUGGAAGACACUAAACACACCUCACUGCUUCCUGACAGGAAGACAUGGGAUCAACUGGAGUAUUAUUUCCCCACCUAUGAGAAUGACACUCUCCUGUGUACACUGUCUGACAGUGAAAGUGACCUAACAGCUCAAGAGCAAACGGAAAAUGUCCCCGUCAUCAGUGAAGAUACGUCCAGACUGUGUGCUUUAAAACAGAGCAGUGUUCUCAACCAAUUGCUACUCCAGGGGUGCCUGGAAAACUAGGAGAAGCUGCUGCAGGCACAGUGUCACCUGGUUUUCUCCUGUGAGACACAGACAAGUUCAGAUUUGAUUGUCCACACAGCAUUAUUCACGGCUGAAAUCAUGGUUGUUGUUAAUGAAAAUUUUUCAAGAAAUAAGAAAAAUAAAACAUUUUGUUUUUAUACUUGGACUGAAGAAACUUUGUCAUUAUCUUGGAUGAUUUUAUUUCAUAAACUCAUGAUUAUCUACAAUAUGGAGAACGUACAAGUCACAAACAUUCAAAUGGAUGACCCUGACUUUAACCCAUUGUUUAGUCUCCUUCCUACAGGCCUGUCAUUUAUCAAGUCACAGAGUUCAGUGUGAUUUCUGUACUAAAUUGGGAACUUGUGAAUGAUUAAAACAAGACCCACUGAAGCAAAGAAAGGUGGCCAAAGAUCUGGAUAAUGCACAAACUGGACUAUUUAAAUAUAAUCCAAACCUGAUUGUAUUACAGCGUUAUUGUUUCCCUGUUACAAACCCCAUAGAAAUGGGCAUAGUGUAAUUAACCUUACUCUUCCCCAAAAUAUAUGUGUACCUAUGUAUGCAUUUUCCCUGAUAUAUAUUAUAAUAGCAAUAGUAACAAAGAUAAGUACCACUGUCUAUGAACAUAACUGGAGUGGUAUUAUAACACUCAAUAAAGUUAAAAGAAACUUUCC